AUGUCAGCCAGCAUUACGAGCUCGAACACAGCUGCCCAGACGAUGGAGAAGCCACGACACGACGUAUUAUCCAAGGAAACUUGCCACGAUGAAAGACUUCGACCAUCAUCAACAAAAACGUCUUUCUCCCCGCCGGCGAUGAAACGUUGGCAGCGCCGACUUGUGAUGUUCUCUCUCUGCCUCACACUGUUCCUCGGAGCUCUAGACAUCACGAUUGUUACCACCGCUUUGCCAAGUAUCGCCAAAAGUUUGGGCACCACAACUCAGCAAUAUGCUUGGAUUGGAGGAGGCUAUAACCUUGCAAAUACAGCUUCAAUGCUCAUAUGGAGCAAGGCAUCCGAUAUAUUUGGUCGCAAAAGUACCAUCAUGGCCGCAGCUGCCACUUUCAUGGCUGGGAGCCUUGUCUGUGCGCUUGCAUCGUCCAGCAAUAUGUUGAUUGGGGGACGUGUGAUCCAGGGCCUAGGAGGCGGAGGCUCUCUGGUCCUCGUGACAAUCGUCAUUGGCGAUAUAUUUAGUUUGGAUGACCGUGCUAAAUAUUACGGCAUGACUGGCGCUGUUUGGGGCGUUUCGAGUGCAAUUGGACCCCUCCUGGGUGGAAUAUUCACCCAGUCGAUAGGAUGGCGGUGGUGCUAUGGAAUAGCACUUCUUGUUCUUUUCUUCUUCCUAAAAGUUGAGACUCGAAAGAGCCAGUUCGCCGAAGGGAUUCGGGACAUCGAUUGGAUAGGCUUCAUCUUGGUCAUUGGGGGAACUAUCUCCUUCCUGUAUGGAUUAGAAAUCGGCUCCGGUGGUCUUUCUCCCUGGAAGUCGCCCAAAGUAAUCUGUCUCAUACUUUUUGGGGCGCUACUUUUGGUCUUGUUUGUGGUUUGGGAAGCCAAGUUUGCUACAUCACCCACCAUCCCUUCUAGGAUAUUUCAGAAGGGUACCAACAUUGCUGCUUUUGUUGUUGCCUGCCUACAUUCUUUUGUCUUCAUCUCCUUCGAUUUCUUCUUGCCCUUAUAUUUUCAGAUUAUCUUGGAUAUGAAGCCACUGAUCUCUGGAAUAACCUUGUUUGCGCUGAUUCUUCCACUUUCGGCUAUGACAAUGAGUGGAGGGUAUAUAAUCAGGAGGACAGGAAGAUACGACAUACUGAUUAUUCUUGGAUCUGCAUUGAUGUUUUUGGGAAACGGCCUCUUUAUUCUGUUGGAUGAAUCAAGAAACUGGCCCAAGAUUAUCAUAUUUCAGAUACUUGCUGGGAGUGGAGCAGGAACAAUGUUCCAAAGCCCCAUGAUUGCCUUGCAAAACCAUCUACGCCAGCGAGACACAGCACCAGCUAUGGCAGCUUUCAACUUUCUUCGAAGUCUUUUCAGUUCUAUUUCCAUUGUCAUUGGAACAGUCUUGAUUCAGCGGAGUAUCGGCAGUGGAAGUAUUACUCUGAAAGAGGAAAAUUCAGACUCGACACAGGCGGUGAACAAGGAGACAUAUAUACAGGCGUUGCAUAUAAUGUGGUCUUUUUACACUGCUGUUGCCGGUGUCACGUUCAUUAGUGGAUUCUUCAUUAAGAAGAAACCCUUGGCUCAACCUACAGAUUCUCCCUGA